AGAGAGAGGGAGAGAGGGAGGGAGAGAGAAGGAGAGAGGGGAGAGAAAGGAGGAGAGAGGGGGGAAGGAGAGAGAGGGGGGGGGAGAGGGAGGGAGAGAGGAGAAAGGAGAGAGAGAGAGAGGGAGAGGGAGAGGGAGGGGGAGAGAGGGAGGGAGAGAGGAGAAAGGAGAGAGGGAGGGAGAGAGAGGGAGGGAGGAGAAAAGAGAGAGGGAGAGGAGGGAGAGAGGAGAAAGGAGAGAGAUAGAGGGGAAGCCAGUGGAGGGAUUGGCAGAAAGGGGUGGAGGACACUGAGUGGAGGCCAGUGGAGGGAUUGGCAGAGAGGGAUGGAGGACACUGAGUGGAAGCCAGUGGAGGGAUUGGCAGAGAGGGGUGGAGGACACUGAAUGGAGGACAGUGGAGGGAUUGGCAGAGAGGGGUGGAAGACACUGAGUGGAGGCCAGUGGAGGGAUUGGCAGAGAGGGGUUGAGGACACUGAGUGGAGGACAGUGGAGGGAUUGGCAGAGAGGGGUGGAGAACACUGAGUGGAGGCCAGUGGAGGGAUUGGCAGAGAGGGGUGGAGGACACUGAGUGGAGGCCAGUGGAGGGAUUGGCAGAGAGGGGUGGAGGACACUGAGUGGAAGCCAGUGGAGGGAUUGGCAGAGAGGGGUGGAGGACACUGAGUGGAGGCCAGUGGAGGGAUUGGCAGAGAGGGGUGGAGGACACUGAGUGGAGGCCAGUGGAGGGAUUGGCAGAGAGGGGUAUGGGACACUGAGUGGAAGCCAGUGGAGGGAUUGGCAGAGAGGGGUGGAGGACACUGAGUGGAGGACAGUGGAGGGAUUGGCAGAGA